AUGACUUCAGGAAUCAUGGGCUCCCACGAUGGAGCAACCGCUGGGCCACCGGACCACCAGCGCCAACACAAGCACGAGGUCCAGCACAACCAACGGCCGCUACCUGGGCCCUUGGACGACGGCGCUUCAUCUAGCUCAGCAUCGCGGAGCUCAUACAGUCGGGAUUUCAGCAAGCCCACAAAUCCCUCCAGGGCGAACAAGACGUCAUUAUUGUCGAGCCUCAACCCACAAAACUGGUCCCGCAAAAUGAGGGUUUUCGCAAUCGUCGGCUUUGUGCUGACCAUCGUGGCCCUUGUCCCAGGUAACUAUUUCCCUCUCAAGACUCUCAAGACUUCCCAGAGGCUGAUUCUUAUCCUUUCCUUCCCCGCUCACCAGCUAUCGCCGUGCCGCUCACAUUGCGCCCAGGCCACAAGAGGAGGAGACAGACCUGUACUCAUCAACCCACCAUCCACACAGCCCAUCGCCAACAACAUGGACCUCAGGAUCAUGUCCCUUGGCGCAUCAAUCACCUUCGGCCUCCGCUCCACAGACGGCAAUGGCUACAGGGACGAGCUCAGGGUGCUGCUCAACAAGAGCGGCACCAAGAACGUCGAGUACGUCGGCUCCCGCACCCACGGGAACAUGGCCUCGAACGCGGUCGAGGGCUGGCCGGGCCUCCGGAUCGACCAGGUGCUCCCCAAGGCGAAGGCCUCGGUGCCCAACGACCUGCCGAACGUGAUCCUGCUCAACGUGGGCACCAACGACUGCGUGCAGAACUUCAACAUGAACAACACGACGCAGAACUCGACCUCCGCGCCCGAGCUGACCUCCAACGCGAACUACACCGUCGGCACGCGCAUGCGCAUGAUGGUCGAGGACCUGCUCGAGUGGAGCCCCAACGCGACGGUCGUCAUGUCGACGCUGAUUAACAACCGCUUCGACAAGACGCAGGCGCGCGUGCUGGUCGCCAACGAGCAGUUCCGCGCCGUCGCGGCGGAGCUGCAGGACGCCGGGAGCAAGGUCGUCCUCGCCGAGAUGACUGCCGCCGCGGGCGGGCCCAACAUGACCACCAUGUUCGACCAGACCCACCCCAACGACGUGGGCUACGCCAUGAUGGCCGACCGGUUCUACGAGGCUAUGGUGGAGGCCAGCACCAAGGGCAUGAUCUCUGCGCCGGCGCCGCGGUGA